CUGGUCGGCAACCCUGUUUUGCGGGUCGCCCCUUCUAAUGCUUGGCGUCUUUCAACACUUGAACACUGUGUAUGCAUGGGCAGGAGCUUGAGUUGUAGAUGAUAGUAUCCCCAACGCUGAGUUUCUAAACCUUCGUCUUGCCAUUUGAUCCACUGGUCAUCCCAUCACCGAAUCGCUAGUCUCUCGACAGCUCUUGGCGCAUCGCUCAAUAAUCCGUCCACCUCGUCAUGGCUCAACUUCACCCUUCCAGACGAUCGAACACGCGACCUUGAAUUGUCCAUGCAAUACGACUUGGAUUUCAGGAUGAGCUCCCAGCAUUUUGGGAGGCAGUUCGACCGCCCCGACAGUCACAACAUCCUUUCUCCCCAGGCUACCCUUCUCGAUCGGUUACAGCAGCCAAGCAUUAUCAUUCCUGCAGUAAUUCUACUCCUAACGCUUUUCUACCAGUCCAUUCAUUGGUCCCCCUUCUCUAGGACGCGCCAGCCCGGGGAGAUCGUCUGGAACUUCGUAAUAGCCAUAACUCCUGCCGCCGUUUUAUAUCGCCUCGAAAGCUGGCUGAACCCGCCCUUGUUCCCUGUUCCGAAGUCGAUGCGACCUCCUCAACCUCGAGACUAUGCCGCGAAGAGCGAGCUACUCUCCAAGAUCCUACGCGUGGACAAGCCGGGCGGAAUCAUGAAUUCAGUGGCAAGCGUCGGUAGGAAAGGCCUAGCCACGCUAUCUAGCAGCACGUUUGUUAGCCGAAAUACCGACCAGCCCGCCGGCUUGGGAAACUACGACAACUCCUGUUUCCAGAAUAGUAUACUGCAAGGCCUUACGUCGCUGGAGCCGUUACCGAACUACCUGGCGAGUGUUUUGGACGAGACUGGCAAUGCCGAAAAGGCAGGAAAUAACGGGUCUGCAAGCACCCUGCAACGGCUGAUUGCAGAUUUGAAAGACAGACAGAAUAAUGGGAAAACUCUCUGGACACCUCCUAGGCUCAAAUCCCUCGACACCUGGCAACAGCAAGAUGCUCAGGAAUACUUCUCGAAGCUGCUUGAUGAGAUCGACGAAGAGGUCGUCAGCGCCGCGAAGGUUCUGUACAAGUCGCCAGGGCUCGAGUUCGCUGCAGCCAGAGAUGACACUGAAGAUAGUCAACACAGCGAUGACAGCGGCUACCAGUCUCUGACAGUCUUUUCAAAGAUCAGCUCAGAGGUCAAACUUCUAAGAAACCCUCUUGAGGGUCUAGCCGCACAGCGAGUCGCAUGCGUUCAGUGUGGCUACUCGGAUGGACUCUCAAUGAUCCCUUUCAACUGUCUCACGCUGAACUUGGGGGUCGGGAAUAUGGAGCACGACCUCUACGAGCGAUUGGACUCAUAUACUCACCUUGAGGCCAUUGAGGGGGUUGAGUGCGCCAAAUGUACUUUACUCAAGGUGCAGCGUCUACUCAAUAUCAUCGUUGGUCGAGGUAAGGAUGUGGGCUCAUCCGAGGAGUCCUUACGGGAGCCUAGAGCCAGGCUGGAGGCAGUUCACCUGGCUUUAGAGGAAGACGAUUUUGAAGAGAAGACACUGUCAGAUAAAUGCAAAAUUACGGCACAACAUCGCGUCAACUCGACGAAAACGAAACAGGCCGUCAUAGCUCGUCCACCUCAAAGUCUUGCUGUUCACAUGAAUAGGUCAGUCUUUGACGAGCGUACCGGAUACAUGUUCAAAAACCUUGCUGCUGUUAGAUUUCCCAGAACUCUGGACCUUGGCCCGUGGUGCUUGGGUAGCGCCGGUGGGUCAGGACUACAGAGUGAGGACGUCGUCGAAGAGGAGCAGUGGUUGUCUGAUCCAAAGACUUCAAUGAUUGCUGGCGAUGCAAAGCCCUCUAAAAUUACAGGGCCAAUAUAUGAGUUAUGCGCCGUGAUCACGCACCAAGGCCAGCAUGAGAAUGGACAUUACAUUUGCUACCGGCGGCACCCCCGGCAAUCAUCAAAGUCUGACGACAUCUCCAGUGCCAAGUCCACAACUUCGACUGACGGAACGGAAACCAAGACAGUGGAUGACGAGAGGACAGUAUUGGACGUUGCCGACUCCGAUACAAGCGAUAGUGAAGGAGACCGGUGGUGGCGACUUAGCGAUGAGACUGUCUGGGAAGUCUCUGAAGAAACGGUCCUCGCACAAGGCGGGGUCUUCAUGCUAUUCUACGAUUGCGUAGACCCAGAUUCGUUUCUCACUUCUAGCACGAAGCUGAACGAAAACAGCGAAACUGAGACUAACACACUUGGAGAAACGGAGUCGGUUGAGGCAUCCGCUUUGUCAAGAGAAGGAGGCAAUGCAUUGGACAGCAACGAAAUUUUCCAUGACUUGGCUUCUGAUAAGCAAGCACUACACAAGGCGGGCGAAACUGCACCUCCUAAUGAGCCUAGCGGCCUGGUGCCAGAGGCUGUCGUGACAGCCAAGGCCAAUACCUCGACUAAGAUUACGCCUCAGGCAAAUGUAGAAUCUGGUAACACUGUGGUGGAACAGGACCAAGUUUUUCAUGAAGAAAAAACACAAGAUGACUUGAAAAAUGUGAACACGCAAGGCGGGGAAGAAAGUCAAGAUAUUGAGAAGCGAGAAAUUGCCUCAGCUGAAGUGGCCGGGGAUUCGUUGGAGGAAGCAACACUGUGUCCUCUGCCAGAGUCGGGUGACGAGGACCUCGGGGCAUGAACGAUUUCCAUCCCAACUGUGCAGGAAAAUGAGCAAUGAUGCUUCUACAUACAUAACAUUGAUGCUGGUUCAGUUAUGUGUGUGACCGCCAUCUAUGGAGGCUUGACUGGAUACGUAUCUGUUAGCAUAGCGAUGGCGUUGGUGGGGAUCACGGACUCUGGGAUUACAGUGAAAGGUAUCAGUAUUAGUACCUACUAAAAUACAUGUGAAGGAUACCGAUUGAUAAUUCACUUGAGUUGUUCAUUGAUAAAAUAUUGCAGUUUAGGAACUUGCUUUGGACUAGUGAUGAGGUUUUUAUGGUUGAUAUGAGAUCGCACUGGUACUGGCAUUCCGGCUACAUACGAAGGUGAAGAAGGGAAGUACAGGUGGGGGAUCCCAAGC